CGACCCAGCCUCACCCAACCUCACCAUUGUACCAUGAAACCAUGCCAGACUAGUAAACAAAAAAGCACGAGACUUGCUUCUGUGGUUGGUGUUCUUCCUUCCAGUAUGAAGGACAAGGACUCCUUAAACUUCAUCCAUUAGCGCCUAUCCCCAACCCACCAUCCACCACCACCACCAUCACCAAAACAAUAUCCACACAAGAGAGCAGAGGCUAACUAGGUAGCUAUGGAGGCCACGGUGGUGAGCGUUGGCAAGUCCGUGCUGAAUGGAGCGCUCAACUACGCCAAAUCCAUGCUGGCGGAGGAGAUUGCCCUGCAGCUCGGCGUCCAGCGCGAUGUUACCUUCGUUGCAGACGAGAUGGAGAUGAUGCAGUCAUUCCUGAUGACCGCAGACGACGAGCAAGAUGAGCACAAGGUGCUCAAGACCUGGGUGAAGCAGGUCCGCGACCUGGCCUACGACGUCGAGGACAACCUCCAAGAUUUCGCCCUCCACUCCGACAAGAAGCCAUCCCGGUGGUGCGUCCUCCGCACCCUGUGGGAGAGGCGCGGCAUCGCUAAAGGGGUCAAGGAGCUCAAGGCCAGGGUGGAGGACGUGAGCAGCAGGAACCUUCGUUACCGCCUCAUCAAGGAUGCUUCGUCCUCCAAGACAGCCGCUGCAGUCGAGCAGGUCGCCACUGCCGACGCGACGGUAUUCGGCUUUGGAAUCACGAAAGAAGCCAUGGUGAAUCUUGCGGAUCUAGUCAGCAGCAAGGAGGUGGAUCUCAGAGUAAUCUCACUGUGGGGAACAGGCGGAGACCUGGGGAAGACCUCUGAAAUCAGGAAGGUGUACGACGAUGAAUCAGUAAAGAAGAGGUUCGGUUGCCGCGCAUGGGUCAGGUUGAUGCGUCCUUUCAAUCCCAGGGAGUUCGUCAAGAGCCUGGUGAGGCAGUUCUACGAGAAUUCACCUGACAAGAUUGCCAAGGGUCAUGAAGGCGAGACUGUAGGGGCUACUGCUCUCGUGAAGAUCGAGAAGAUGGAGCAGAUGGAUUUGGUGUUAAGUAAGUUCCAUGAGCUGGUGAAUGGCAAUCGGUAUUUGGUUGUGAUUGACGACCUGUCCACAAUAGUUGACUGGGAUUGCAUCAAGACGUACUUCCCUAACAGAAAGAAUGGUAGCCGCAUCGUAGUUUCAGCACAGCAAGCUGAAGUUGCGAGCUUGUGCACAGAGCAACCAUAUCAAAUGUCCGAGCUCAAGUGGGUCUCAGCAGAUCAGACUCUCUAUCUGUUCUACAAGAAGGUCGAGCCGGUGGAAACUUCAGUUGGUACCUCCUCCGGCUCAAAUGCUCCUCCUGGUCAGAACGAAAUAGCCCCUGUCGCCUCCAGCCCCCGGAAUCUUUCCAAGAGUCCCAGGACACCAGAAUUACUGAAUAAUGAAGAUGAACUUGGUAGUGGCAGGGCGACAAAGGCGUCGGCUUUCGAGGAAGCCCUGCUCAUCGGGCGUGCAGAGGAGAAAGCUGAAGUUAUCAAAAUGAUUAGCACGGCUGAACAGCGUUCCGUGAUCUCGGUGUGGGGGAUGGGAGGGAUCGGGAAGACUACUCUUGUCAAGGGCGUCUACCAAAGCCCUGAGCUUGCUGGCCUCUUUCGGAAGCAUGCUUGGGUCACUGUGAAGCAUCCGUUCAGCCUCGAGGUGUUCCUCAGGGGGCUGGCAGAGAGAUUACAGGAAAAUGAACAGUCAGUUUCUUCUGGGGAGAAGAAAAGGCCUGACAUCACCAGGAUGGCAGGGAGAUAUGGUAAAAAUGUAGCAACCAUGGCAUACGAGGAUCUGAAGCGCGAGCUAGCUGGGCUUCUUCAGGAGCCAGAGUGCCUCAUCGUUCUCGAUGAUGUAUCGUCCACUUUAGAGUGGGAUGCCAUCAAAAGGUACAUGGGACAGACUAGACGCAUCAUAGUCACCACAAGGGAAAGAAGUGUUGCGAAACAUUGUUCUUCCCUAGAAUCCGACAUCUACCAGCUUCACGCCAUGGGAGAGGAAGAUGACUUCAAACUCUUCAAAAAGAAGGUAUUGAAGAAGGAUGAAUACAUUGAUUUAAGAUCUGAUCUGGAGGAGCAAGCAAAACUUAUCCUAAAGAAGUGCCAUGGACUUCCCCUUGCAAUAUGUACGAUAGGCGGUUUUCUAUCUGAUAAACCUAGAACUGCACUUGAAUGGAAGAAGUUGAAUGAUCAUAUCAGUGCUGAAUUGGAGAUCAAUACAGAACUUCAAAUGAUAAAAACAAUCCUUAUGAAGAGUUAUAAUGGCUUGCCAUAUCAUCUCAAAUCCAGCUUCUUGUAUAUGUCCAUUUUUCCUGAAGACCAUAAAAUAAGGCGGAAACGUUUGGUGAGGCGGUGGAUUGCAGAGGGCUACUCAAGUGAAAUGCGUCACAUGUCUGCAGAAGAAGUAGGAGACAAGCACUUUGCUGAACUUUAUGAUAGGAGUAUGAUCCUACCAACAAAUAGAGUAACUCAUAGCACCGGAGAAAUUGAUUCUUGUCAACUUCACGAUCUAAUCCGCGACAUCAGCAUAUCCAAGUCCAUGGAGGAAAACCUUGUAUAUAUACUGGAGGAAGGCUGCAGCUCGAAGGUACAAGGCACCAUUCGUCACCUUUCAGUAAGUAGCAAUUGGGCCAGAGAAAAGGAUGUGUACGAGAGCACAUUGGACUUUGGCCACAUACGAUCACUCACUGUAUUUGGAGAGUGGAGAUCAUUUUUAAUUUCUGACAAGAUGAAAUUGCUUCGGGUGCUCGAUCUAGAAGACACAUCAGGCUUAAGAGACCAUGAUCUCGCUCACAUUGGGAAGCUCCGUCACCUCAGAUAUCUUUCGCUACGAGGAUGCAGGGGUGUUACCCAGCUGCCAGAGUGCUUUGGGAAUCUGAGGCACCUCCAGACAUUGGACGUCAGAGAUACAUUCAUAAUGACUCUGCCAAAAACUAUUGUCAAUCUUGAGCGGCUACAAUACCUGCGUGUUGGCUUUGUGCGACAAGAUGUUCCUAAAGACGACAUAUAUGAAGAGUUCGUGGACAAAAUUUUGCAGCAAAUAUCUGGUAGGGGGGCAUGCCGUAAUUGGUGUUGUUUCUAUUCCUGUUCGUUGCUGGACUUGUGUGGUUACCUCUGCAGACCAAAACUCCUACAUGCUGGCAUGAACAGGCAUGACAUCUCCAAGUUCUGUAGCUUCUUUCUAACCGCUGGCUGGAUGCAUCAUACUCUACAAGGUGUCAGAGUUACCAAAGGGAUCGGGGACUUGAAGGCGCUGCGCACACUGAGUGUGGUGAACGUUGCUUGGGGGAGACACGCAAUGAAGGUUCUUAAAAGGCUUUCACAUCUGCGUAAGUUGACAGUGACAGGGGUGUACGACCAAAAUAGCAAGGACUUCUGGUCAGCAAUUGCCCCCCAUAAUCGUCUGCGAUCUUUGUCCGUGCAGAGGUUGUUUGAAUCAAUAGGGAUGCCAAUCAUAGAUGGUUGUUUAGGCGAGAACCCCUACAUGGAUGGAGCCACCAACGACGGGCCAGCUGCGGCUGAGGCCCCUGAUACUGUCAAUGGCGUCUUGCCGUCCUCGGGCGGCACUUCGCAGUCUAAACACGGGCAGUCGCUUGCAGGCGAGGUGCUAUUUCCACCGAAAGAUCUCGAGAGUCUCAAGGUGGAAGGCAGGCUAGUCAAAAUACCUCAGUGGAUCCACCAGCUGCAGAAUCUGUCCAAGUUGCAGCUAUGCUACACCCGGCUGAAGCUGGAUGCAAUUCAAGUCAUUGGGAGGCUGCCGAAUCUCUCAAUCCUGAGGCUGAGGUCCUUAUCUUUUCUAGGCAAAGAGCUCCAUUUCUUGCACUCGUCAUUCCCAAGCCUCGUUGUGCUGGAGCUUUCUGACUUGCCACAGGUCCAGGUGGUGUAUUUCGAAGAGAGAACAAUGCCUCGCCUUGAGGUGCUGCAGGUCUUCAGCUGCCUCAGCAACGGUGUUCUAUCUGGUUUACGACUUCUGACAAGCCUCAAGGAAGUUUCUCUGACAAGGGUACACUACUCGUCGAUCAUGCGAGUACAGAACCAACUCAAGGACUGUCCAAAACCUGUCAAUUUAAGGGUGAACUUUGGAGAGAGGUCGUAAGCUGACCAGUACAUGCUCGAAAACCGCAAUUUUGUUGUUGCGCAAUGCACAAGGCAGUACGUGCGGUGCAAUCGGUGGCAGUGAUUUUACAAUAUUUUUACUUUUUUCCAGUGAUGUUUCCUUAUGUUAAAAUUUAUUUAAGUCUUAGUUUUGGCUGUUUUUUUUGUUAAUUGUGUGAAAAUCUGAGCAGCUCUUGACGUGAUUCUUGUGACAUUGUGUUCUUUGUAUUUUUAUCUUUUAAAUGAGUAUUUUUGAGGAACUUUUGGACGA